AUGUUGUCGUCCCCUAACGAAAAGAACUUCAGAGCCUGGAAAAAGCACGCAGGUGCUAUCAAAACCAUCAUGAAUUGCCCCGAUGAAACCGACGUGAAGGCGAUGUGUGUGUGGGAGACACGCAAUACGACUGAGAUGCAUCGCGGAAUCGGCCCGACGUCAUCCAUGCGCAUGUGCAUCCUUCUCCAGUACUCCACCUGCUCCUCUUUUCAAUUCAAUGAAUAUGAGGACCGCGUGGAGGAAAUCAGGGACAUCCUGGCAGGUAUCGGCGCCUCAAAUGCUGUACAUUAUGGGAUGAUUGGAGGUAUGGAAGAGUGUCCCUCGAAUGACGCUUCUCACAAACUUAUGAAGGCUGUCAGAUUAGUAACACAACGCGGUCUUGAGGCGUUUGUUAACCUGCCGGUCUGUUUUUCUCUUGGAAGCAAAUUAUUUGCGAGGCUGCUCGAGGUGGGUGAGGAGAAUGACAUUAUUUUUCGACUAUUGAAGUACCGUUGA